UUAGGGUGGGACGUUUUGUUUAUUAGACGUUAGUGUGUUUCGGCGUUUAUGUAUCAGUAAUUUUACAGCCGCUUAUUUGUGUUGUUUUCUUCAACACCUUUUAAAAGACAGUAUGUAUAAACAAUCCUCGCUAGAUUUAGAUCACAAACCAACACCCAAACCACCAGACACCACCUUUCAGAAGAAUGGAGAGAAAAACAGUCCCAUAAGCGUAAUUCUGGUUAGUUCAGGAAGCCGAGGGAACAAACUGCUCUUUCGAUAUCCGUUUGUGAAAGUGUCCGAAAACAUGUCCUCAACUGCAACAAAACAGCGAAGUCCCUAUGCGCUGAGGACCACAGGUGAUUCCACCGAGGACCAAGAUGGAGAUUCACGAGAACAAACUCCAUUAACUGAUGAACAGUUGGUAGCAGGCUUCUCUGAUAUCAUUCUCGCGACCAUCUUGGCCACCAAGUCUGACAUGUGCGGCAAAAAGUUUGAACUGAAGAUCGAUAAUGUUCGCUUUGUGGGACAUCCAACUCUCCUGCAGUCACCACACACCAGUCAGGUUUCCAAAACAGAUCCUUCACCAAAAAGAGAAAUGCCGACCAUGAUCUUGUUUAGCGUUGUGUUCGCAUUAAGGGCCAAUGCAGACCCCUCUGUGAUCAGUUGCAUGCACAACCUGUCCAGACGCAUCGCCAUCGCCCUGCAGCAUGAGGAGCGACGAUGCCAGUACCUCACCAGAGAGGCCAAACUCAUGCUGGCUGUGCAGGAUGAGCUCACCACCAUGACCGAGACGGACGGCACUCUGCAGUCUCCUUUUCGACAUAUUCUCCCAAAGUGUAAACUGGCCAGAGACCUAAAGGAAGUCUAUGACAGUCUCUGUACAACCGGAGUGGUGCGACUUCACAUCAACAACUGGCUGGAGGUCAGCUUCUGUCUGCCCCACAAGAUCCAUCGUGUUGGAGGGAACCACAUUCCCCCAGAUGCCUUGGAACGCAGUCUUAAGGCCAUUCGGCCGUAUCAUGCACUGCUGCUGCUGGACAGUGAGAAAGCUCUGCUGGAUCAACUCCCACUCGACUGCUCUCCUGCUCUCUUACGACUGGUCAAGAUCUGUUCAGCCAUGAAGAACCUGCAGCAGCUAGCACAAGACGCUGACCUGGCGCUCCUGCAGGUCUUUCAGAUAGCUGCACAGUUGGUGUACUGGGGUAAAGCCAUCAUCGUGUACCCGCUCUGUGAGAACAACGUGUACAUGCUAUCUCCUCAUGCCAACAUAUUUCUCUACUCUCCCCUGGCAAAGAAGUUUUCCCAGCAGUUUCCUGGCUACGAUCUGCCGUCCAUGUUAGCGAAGUUCUCCUUACCUGUAUCUCUCUCCGAGUUCAGGAACCCACUGGAGGCUUCUGUACAUGAGGCACAGCUGAUCCAGAUGGUGGUGUGGAUGCUGCAGAGGCGGCUGCUGAUUCAGCUUCAUACCUAUGCGUGCUUGCUUGUGCCACCCAGUGAGGAACAGCCAUGCUCACUGGAGGACGAGGUACAGAUGGUGAACCGUGUAGCCGGACGCAGCCUCAGCACACCCACCACCCUCAGCUUCGGCUCCCCGACCAGCAGUGAUGAUAUGACACUGACAAGCCCUAGCAUGGACAACUCCAGUGCUGAGCUGCUGCCAGGAGGAGACUCUCCCCUGAACAAGAGAGUGACAGAAACCCUGUUGGCCAGUCUGACGGAGCACGAGCGCCAGGCCAUCCUCAACGUGCCCGCUGCCCAAAAUCCUGAUGACCUGCGCAUGUUCGCUAGAUUGCUGCAUUACUUCAGAGGGCAUCACCACCUGGAGGAGAUCAUGUACAAUGAGAACAUGCGACGUUCCCAGCUAAAGACCCUCUUCGACAAGUUCCGCAGUGUUUUAGUGGUAACCAACCACGAGGAUCCUGUCAUCUCACUCUUCCAGACACCGCCCGAGUAGCACAAACACCUCCACACACCAAACUGUACACUGAACUAAUAUUUAUUACCAAUACGCUGGCAGUACUACUGAUCACUAGUGCUAUAAAUGAGAUCCUAACACACAGUCAGGACGAAGAUGAAUGAAGGAAUUCAGUUCACAAGACGUGCCUAAUAUACUGUAUAUAGCUUUUAUGAUAUAAAAUAUUUAUCCCUUUGUUUCAUUGU